UUGAACAGUUUCAGAUUGACCAACCCCUCCCUCUUAAUUCUUACAUCGAAUCUCCAGAAUUGGUAAAAAAAAAUCUCAGCAAUAUCAUAUCCGUUGUUUGCAAAAAUUGAAAUGUUGAAUUUGUAGAGGGGAAAUCAAUCGAGAACAUUCGCAAGGAGAAAAAAAAAAAAAAAAAAAUGCCAAACCCAUUGCAGAAAUCGCUGCAUGGUUACCUGUCAAAGAUCAAACGAGAGACAGGGAAGCUGCAACUGUCGUCGUCGAAUUCACUGUCAUCCUCGAAGAAGUGGGUGCUUGCUGGCUGUAAGCAUCCCAAGAAGCUCUCCUUCUCCUCCUUCAAGCACAGGCGACGCAGCAGCAAGACCAGAUUCAACGACGACCACGUUUACCAGGAUACCACCGGUCACGCCGCCACCUUGUCCGACAUUGAUCGUUUCCUCGAGGAAAACUUCAAAUCCCUCUGCAUCAGAGAUGGCGACGAGGAGGACGAGGGUGAACGGAUGACCAAAAAGAAGGAGAAAAGGGAGUCCUCAGAGGACGACGAAACAGAUGAUGAUGAUGAUGAUGAUGAUGAUGAUGAUGAUGAAAAAGACGAGUAUCGUCACAGAUUCGAGAGGACAUGGGGACCGGCCGUCUACGACUCACCAAAACUGCCAGAUGCGCCGGAUCGGCAGAGAACAGAGAGACUAUCUCCACCGCCAGGAUCAUCGGAGGGUAGGCCUAGCAUGGACACAACGUCCACAUCGGAGGAGAGACAGUCGAGGCCGUCCAACCCAUCCACCUUGGUGCUGCCGGAGAACUGCAUCGCGGUGCUGAGAUACACGGCGGAGCCUCAGGAGGAUUUCAGGCUGUCGAUGGUGGAGAUGAUGGAGUCCAAGUUAGGGACGCGGGAAACAGAGGUGGACUGGGACCUGAUGGAAGAGCUGCUCUUCUGCUAUCUCGAUCUCAACGACAAAAAAUCACACAGGUUCAUACUCAGCGCUUUCGUGGAUCUCAUCAUCACUCUCCGCGAGAAGGAGAAGAGGAUCACCAGGAAAGGCCUGGCGAGGUCGCUCAGUACUCGCGCCGCCAGGGAGAGGCUGAGGAAAAGGAUGAUCAUGAGCGACGCCUUUAGAAACUAACUAGUGUCAAUUCCAUUUUUCUCUGUUGCAACUGAACAAAAAAAAAAAUGUUAUUUUCAUUCCUUUCUUCUUAGCCUCUACACUACAGUAAUGGCUAUUAGUGUUACUGUUACAAAAGAUGAAAAGAAUCAAGUGUGAGAGCAACAAUGUCCACUAUAAAAAAAAAAAAUAUAUAUAUAUAUAUAUAAAGGGACAAAUCAUC